AUGAGGAUCUCAGAGAAACUUCUGUUGGCCGUCUUGAUCAAUCUCUGUCUUGUAGCUACGUCAAUUCAUGGCUCCGCCAGCAACACCGGUAGACAGCCAUAUAUAGUGUACAUGGGAGAAGUGCUGGAGCAUGGAUUAGUUCCAGAAGAGCAACACCGCAGCCUGCUUACUGAAAUCAUCGAAGAUGAGAGCAUUGCAAGAGAGUCCAUAUUACACAGCUAUAAGAGGAGUUUUAAUGGGUUCGUGGCCAUGCUGUUGCCACAUGAAGCAAAUCGACUGAUGGAGAGAGAGGAGGUCGUAUCCGUUUUCCCAAACACCAAACUUAAGCUUCACACCACAAGAUCAUGGGAUUUUCUGGGAAUGCCUCUAACAGUAAAUAGGAGCUAUAAAAUUGAGAGAGAAAUCAUAGUGGGUUUGUUGGACACAGGAGUUUAUCCUGAAUCUCCAAGUUUCGAUGACAAAGGGUAUGGGCCUCCUCCGUCUAAAUGGAAGGGUAAAUGCGAAGUAGGUGUUAAUUUCACUGGCUGCAACAAAAAGCUCAUAGGUGCGAGGUCCUACAGCAUUGGACACAAAACUCCCCACCAAUCUCCAGCAGAUACAGAUGGGCAUGGAACACACACCGCAUCUACGAUUGUAGGUUCAGCAGUUAACAAUGCCAGCCUCUACGGGAUAGGCGGAGGGACGGCCCGAGGGGGGGUGUCAUCGGCCCGCCUCGCCAUGUACAAGGUCUGUUGGGACAAUGGAUGCUGGGACUCAGACAUCUUAGCUGCAUUUGAUGAUGCUAUCAGCGAUGGUGUCGACGUGCUCUCCAUUUCUCUUGGUGGUGUUAUUCGUGAUUUCUACAACGAUUCAUUAUCCAUUGGCUCCUUCCAUGCCAUGAAGAAGGGCAUCUUAACUGUUUGCUCCGCUGGAAAUGAAGGGCCCUAUUUGUUAACUGUGUCCAAUCUCGCACCCUGGGUCUUGACUGUUGGCGCUACUGGUAUAGAUAGGCAAUUCAGGGCAGAAGUCAGGCUUGGGAAUGGCAUGAAGACCUCUGGACUAGCCAUUAACACAUAUUCACCAACAAAGCAGAUGUACCCUCUAACGAGUGGCAUCAAAGCAGCCAAUUACAGUGGCCCCGAUGCAUACCCAGAUACGUGUGACUGGGGAAGUUUGGGUGAGAAGCACGUCAAAGGCAAGAUAGUUUACUGUGCCCCGGGAGGUAUAUACCAAGACUAUACAAUCAAAGUAUUGGGUGGUGCAGGGACAAUCAUAGCAGGAUCAGACUUCAAUGACACAGCCUUCACUUUCGUUCUUCCUACCUCCUAUGUUGAUCCUAAGGUCGGCAAUUUGAUUGAUAAAUACAUCAACACCACCAAGAACCCUCAAGCUAUUGUACACAAGAGUAAAGAAGUAAAAGUCAGUGCCCCUUUUGUGGCCUCCUUCUCAUCUCGUGGCCCCAAUUACCUCAGCCCAAGGAUUCUCAAACCGGAUAUCACAGCUCCAGGAGUGGACAUACUGGCCGCUUUUACAAUGUUGGAGUCAAUAACUGGUGAACCACAUGAUAACCGGUUCUCUUUGUUCAACAUAAUAUCGGGCACAUCAAUGUCUUGCCCUCAUGCUGCCGCUGCUGCCGCCUACGUCAAGUCCUUCCAUCCCCACUGGUCCCCGGCGGCAAUCAAGUCUGCCCUGAUGACCACUGCCACCGCAAUGAAGGUUAAAACUCCGGACGCUGAAUUCGCAUAUGGGUCUGGCCAGAUCAACCCAGUGAGAGCGCUCAACCCUGGCCUCGUCUAUGAUCUUCGGGCAAGCUCCUACAUUCGCCUCUUGUGCAGGGAGGGCUACAACGACACCAAACUUCGACUACUCACAGGUUGGAACCAUUUGGAUUGCAGAAAAUUCCAACCAGCGCGUGGCUACGAUGGCAUCAACUACCCAACAAUGACACUUCAACUACACCACCCCACAAAAAAUUAUUCAGCUGUUUUUAAACGAACUGUUAAGAAUGUAGGGACUAAGAACUCAGUUUACAAGGCAAUAGUGAAAUCGCCCAAGGGUCUGUCUGUCUCCGUUUUCCCCAGUACUCUAGCCUUCAACCGGGUGUACCAAAGGAAAUCUUUCAAAGUCGAGCUCAAGGGUGAGCCCCUAAUAAGUAACGGAACUGGACUUAUUUCGGCGUCUCUAGAAUGGAAAGACUCAACUCACAGAGUCAGGAGCCCUAUCGUCGUUUAUAAGGUCUUACCUUACCAGGUAGCUGGUUAG